GACUCGGAGCUGUAUAUCACCACCUCAGGCACGGCGACAGUGAACAUGCCCAAGCCGUCUUGCCACUUCCCUUUCAGCCCUUCAAGCCGUCAUUGUAUUUUUCUGGAAUAUCGAUAAUCCUCCGAAACGAUGUUUUUCCUAUCUGUCUUGCUCUUCCUCGUCUUCUUCCUAUCACUAUCCUCCGCCCAAUCGAACUCGAGCUGGCCCGGAUGGAACAGCAUAUCUAAUAUCUUUGCCUUCGGCGACUCCUACACCGCAACCUCCUUCCUCCCCAACGGCACGCAGCCCUCGCCCGCUAAUCCGCUGGGCAACCCUGCCUUCCCCGGCCGCACCUUCUCCAAUGGCCGCAACUGGAUCGACUUCCUGACGUACACGUACAACGACAGCCUCGUCUUCAGCUACAACAUGGCCAUGGGCGGCGCGAGCGUGGACUCCUUCGGCAUGCCGAAUCCCUUCCGGCCGUUCGACCAGCAAGUGCACAACUUCUUCCUGCCGAACUAUGCGCAGAAUGCGAGUGCAGGGGCAAAGAAGGCGCAGUGGGAAGCGAGCAACACGCUUUUCACGGCUUUCUUCGGCAUCAACGACGUGAAUACGUCGUUUAGGAUUGGUGCAGCGGACAUGACGGCCCUGCACACCCGCAUCUUCGCUACGUACGCCAAACUCGUCGAUGAGCUGUACGUAGCCGGCGCGCGCAACUUCGUCUUCAUGAACGUGCCGCCCGUGUUUCGCUCGCCGUUCAUCAAGUCGGGCGCCAUGUUCGGGGGCCAGGGAAACACGACGUCGGCCACGGCGGACAUGUUGGCCGAGCAGAGCAGGGUCGCGAUUGCAGAUUUCAACAUGCGGCUCCGUAACAUGGUGACGCGGUUCACGCAGCAGCGCACCGAUGCCACCGCCUUCUUCUUCGACACCUUCACCCUGUUCAACGACGUUCUUGACAACCCCGAAAGCAGACCCGAAACCGCAAACUACACCAACACCACGGGCUUCUGCACAACAUAUUCGGCGCGGACGUACGACGAAGACACGUUUAAUAGCGCCUGCGGCAUCCCGCAGAAACAGUACUUCUGGCUCGACGCCCUGCACCCCACGCCCCCGAUCCAUGACGCCAUGGCCGCGGAGCUCGCGGCACAGCUCCGCGAUGGCGAAUUCGUCGGCGCCAGUAAUGCCACGAGGCCGAACAUCGCCCCCUCUGCCGCGCCGUCAGCAUCGAGCAACCCCGAAAGUAACGCUGCGCAUCUACACCUUCCCUCCUGGACAAGCUGGGUCUGGACUGUGGCCGCGGUGUGGCUCGCGUCGGGCCUUCUUUGAAGCCGCUGGGAAGUGCUGGUCGUCGUCGAGAUUUGGAAUCCGAAGACGUUUUCGAACCAACACAAAAUAUGGCGAGACGAGACGAUAUGCAGCACUAUUCCCAUUACCGCAGAUGGCAGUCC